AUGAACCGAUCCAUAGAACAGACACUCCUCUCGCUGAUGCCGACCCAUGGCUCAGCUCUACCGCCGGCCCUAGUGGAACUUGCGGGUUCUUUGCUGGCACAGUCGAGGCACCGGGCGAGCACACUCAAAGCAGACGAAGAAAUUGGACGGUUAUACGCUUGCGCACACAUCGCUUGCGAUAGCCACCUCGACAACAUCCUCCCCAACACCGCCUUGAACCGCACACCAGGCAAGAACGGUACCCCGCGAAACAGACAACGGCACGGCGUUGACUCUCCCGUCAGGACGCCACACCGCCCGACACCCACAAAGGAGCGAUCGCUCGCGCAGUUUCGCUCUGGCAACCCCGCAAGCGGGCCCAACACGCCGACAAAGUCGACUGGCAAGGCCGCCUACCCCUCCGACAAGUCCGGCCUCCACUUCUGGAUCCAGCCGACCAUCCGCUUCCUGUGCAAGGAGGCAAACCAGCGGCAGCUCGGGCCGACGAUGCUGGCGGGCAUGGAGUACAUUGUCGUACCUGGCGGGCGGAGGACGCACGACGCAUGGGUGAGGGCAAACUUGGCUGCCCUGUGCGGCGCUGUGUACUUCUUCGUCACGCAGCAGGUCGAGAAGCUCAAGAAAGGAGAGGAGGUCGACCGCGAGACGUACGAGCCCGAAAGGAAUCGUAUUCUAAAUCUAAUUGCCAAGGCGAAGGAGGAGGUGGACUCGAAGGGACUGGACGAGGACGAGUUGUGGGAGGGGUGGGCGCCAGUCACGGCCAAGGAAUUUGACGCUGCGGUUCAGGAAGUUACAGAUCGCGGCUGGCUGGAGGCUGAUUGGUAUCGCAGUCUCAGUGACAUUAUCGAGGCGGGCAAUGUGAUCGCCGACAGUCAUCGGCAAGUGGAAGACCUAUACAAGGCGCCUGUGCGUGGAGCAGACACCAUGUUCCAGGACCGGUACGACUUUCUGAGUGAGAAGAAGCGCAGGGAGUACAGGGUAUGGAAGGAAGGCAUCCUCAGGCGCAUCGAGUUAUUGGAAAAGGAGGGCGGGGAAGCCAUGGAGGUAGACGGCUAA